CAGGAAUGUUUACUAGGCCUUUUAAGAUCAAAGACAGUAAUUUAUGUUACUCAUGAAGUUGAGUUCUUAGCUGCUGCUGACCUUAUAUUGGUGAUGAAAGAUGGGAAGAUUACUCAUUGUGGAAAGUAUGCUGAUCUUCUUAACAAUGGAACUGAUUUUAUGGAACUUGUUGGUGCACAUAAAAAAGCUUUGUCUACACUUGAUUCAAUAGAUGAAGGAAUAGUAUCCAAUGAAAUAAGUACCUUGGAACAAGAUUUAGAUGUUCCUGUUUCUCGGGGUGGAGAGAAAGAAGAGGAAAAGAAAGAUGAGCAAAAUGGUAAAAUUGAUAACAAAGGUGAUGAGGCAAAAGGCCAACUUGUUCAAGAAGAAGAAAGAGAGAGAGGUAGAGUUGGAUUUUCAGUGUAUUGGCAAUUUAUCACUAUGGCAUAUGGAGGUGCUCUUGUUCCUUUCAUGCUAUUGGCUCAUAUUCUCUUCCAAGUUCUCCAAAUUGGUAGCAACUAUUGGAUGGCUUGGGCAACACCAAUCUCAGAAGAUGUGGAGCCACCUGUUUUGGAAACAACUCUUAUAGCUGUCUAUGUUGCUUUGGCCAUUGGAAGUUCUUUCUGCAUUCUUGCAAGGACAACACUUCUUGCCACUGCUGUAUAUAAGACAGCUACCAUAAUCUGCAAUAAGAUGCACUUCUGCAUCUUUCGCGCACCAAUGUCAUUCUUUGAUUCCACUCCAAGUGGCCGAAUUCUAAAUAGAGUUUCUACUGAUCAAAGUGCAGUAGACACAAACAUUCCUUAUCUAGCUGCUUCAUUUGCCUUUCUCUUGAUCCAACUUUUGGGAGUUAUAGCAGUGAUGUCUCAAUCUGCAUGGCAAGUUUUUAUUGUUUUUAUACCUGUGAUAGCAAUCAGCAUUUGGUAUCAGCAAUAUUACUUACCACCAGCUCGAGAGCUAUCGCGCUUAGUUAGAGUAUGCAAAGCACCAAUCCUUCAGAACUUUUCUGAAACAAUUUCUGGUACAUCAACCAUCAGAAGCUUUGAUCAGCAGUCUAGAUUUCAGGAAAAGAAUAUGAAACUAAUAAUAUAAAAGAAGUAUGAGCCAAAUAUGUUAUGAUUCAAAAAAGAAGAAUAAUAUAAAAGAUUCAAUUCUUGGUACAUAAUGUGUCUCUUUAU